UUUCCUUAUAUUCUAAGAGUUUUGUGCCGAUGAAACAAGCAUGCAUGAUCCGUAAUAGCAUCAGAUACUGAAUCUUGGAUUGCUUAUUUCUUGCAGACAAUUGAGGAAAUAGAAAGAGCAGGACAGACCUGUGAGGAAGCAAAAUCAUCUGAAUCAAUCGAUAAUGAGAAAAUUGAGGAAACAGAAAGAGCAGGACAAAUCAGCAAUCAAUCAUCUGAAUCAAUCGAUAAGGAGAUAAAUUUUCCAUAGCUUCUAUAAGUUUUCUUCCAGUGGAAAAACAUGCUUGAUCCGUUUUAACGCUUUGAAAAAAGCAUGCUUGGAAUUGAGAAAAUACAAAGAGUAGGACAAACCUGUGAGGAAGAGGAAGCAAAAUCAUCUAAAUACAUCGAUGAGGCGAAAAUAGAUUACAACAUUGAAACAACCACGGAUGACGAUCUUGGUAACCCUAUCAAAAGAGCGAAGUGUUCAGAAUCACCUACAUUCUCGACAUCAUCUCUGGUUUCUGAAUGUCCAGAAUCAAUUAGUUCAGAAGUAGAAAAUCCGUCAACAUUGUCUCCGGUUUCUCAAUUGAUGAAUGAAGAAGCAAUUUCAGCACAUGAUGAUGAGCAAAUAUUUUCAGAAGAUGGUGAGAAGCAACAAGAAAAAACUAAACACAUAAUAGAUAGUAUGACAUAUGAUUAUCUCCCACAAGAUUAUACAUUGACUGAUCUGGAUUUAUCUGCUCAUUGUGUUAUACAAUACUCUAAUGAAGACGAUAUACUCGUGAUGAUAGAUGAUAUAUAUAUCAAACAACGAUAUUUGGUGUGCCUACUAGAUGGAAACAAACUAGAUCUACUAGCUGUAAAAGUAACAUUCAAGGGUUUGUCUACGUAUAUCAAUUUAAAUCGGCUUACCAAAUGCAAUAUACUGCAGUUCAGUAAGUGUCUUAAUCAUGCGAAACUAAUUAAAAGAGCUACACAGAUAGUACAUGUCGUUGCCUAA